AUGAACCGUACUGCAGUCGAGGAGUUCAUUUUGUUAGGACUGACCAGUGACAGGAAUUUAGAGAUGAUCCUGUUCACCGUUCUCCUCAUCAUCUUCCUCCUCAUCCUGCUGGGAAACCUCGUUGUCAUCAGCAUCACCUUGGUUGACCACCGCCUCCAAGCCCCCAUGUACUUUUUUCUCCGGAAUUUCUCCCUUGUGGAGAUUUCCUUCACCUCCACAUUCAUGCCCAGGGCCCUUUACAGCCUCCUAACAGGGAGCAAAGGCAUAUCCCUCCCUGGUUGUUUCUUGCAGUUGUUGCUAUUCUUCUAUUUGGGCACCUGUGUUUUUUUCCAUGUGGCAAUGAUGUCCUUUGACCGCUACGUGGCCAUCUGCCGCCCCCUGCAUUACUCUUCUCUCAUGAACAGCAGGUCUUGUGUCCAGCUGGUGCUGGGUUGUUGGGUGGCAGGGUUGCUCUUGAUUUUUCCUCCCACCAUUAAGAUUGUCCAGUUGCCCUUUUGUGGCCCAAAUGUCAUAAACCACUUCUACUGUGACACUGCCCCCUUGCUUGAGCUCUCGUGUGCGGACACGUCCUUCAUUGAAGUCAUGAUGUUAGUUGCAGUUGUAAUCAUCUUAAUGGGGACUUUAACAGCAACCAUUUUCUCCUAUAUUUGCAUCAUUUCAACCAUUUUGUGCAUCCCCUCUUCUUGCCGCAGGAAGAAAGCCUUUUCUACCUGCUCCUCUCACCUCAUGGUAGUUAUAAUACUGUACUGCAGCUCCAUCUUCAGGUACAUCAGGCCAACUCAGAGAGGGGGCCAGGAUUUUGACAAAAAUGUUUCCUUUCUCUACUGCGUGGUGACCCAGCUCUUCAACCCCUACAUCUACACGCUCAGGAACAAGCAAGUCAAACAAGCCCUAAGAGAUCACUGGGGCCGCAUUUUCUCUGAAAUUGGGGUUGUUGAGGUAACCAGAAAGGCACAUAAUGAACACAGCUCUUCACUGACAUCACACCAGGCAUUGCAUGCAGUGCACCCCAUGGGGCAGAAGUGA